CCCACUCAUCACCCCUGGAGUCACCUUGCGUCUCAGGGAGCCUUGUGCCUCAAGCUGCAGCAUCUUACAAGAUGACCUUGCUGACAUUUAUGCCAGUUUUUAUACUUUUACUAUGAAUGGCAGAAAAACCAUGCUUAUUUUUGUAAAAGGUGUUCAUCUUUGUUCCCGCUCCACCGAGCCUCAUACAGAACAACCCUGCCUCCCGAGCUGUAUCGUAUACACCUCGUUUCUAACAAUGUGUAAGCACUACUGCAGAUUUCCACGACCACCAACAUUUUUUUCACAUUUUCCUUCUGAGCUAAUGUGUGUUCUUGUUAAUUAAUAUUAAUGCAUCUUCUUAACACAUAAUUUGUAUUACGUUUCAUUGUGUUACCAUAGAACAAGUACUGAGAAGCAAUGUUUCGCCCUUGUUCCUGGUGCUUUAUGAACCCAAUCUGCUUUCAGCCCUGCUGCCCUGCGGGGGUGAGAGGUACCGGCUGCCCUCAGCGCGGCGCCUGCCCUGUGCCCUGCCAGUUCUGAAGGAGUGAGCUUGUAUCUGUAAGGCAAAGAACUGCACGGAGCUACUCAGUGCAGAUCAGCCUUCUCACCACGUCUGCUGUGCAGAGAGGGGCCCUGCUCCUGGGGAGCCCCUGCACAGAGAGCUCCUCUCUGUCCCAGCCCCAUCCCCUCCCAGCCUACUCUCAAGUGUGAGGCCAGCUGUUGAAGCCAUGUUUGUCUGUUUUCCAAGGCAAAUAUAAUAACUUCUUACUAGCAAAAUUAAAUUUUGACAAUAUUUAGGUUGGACCAGCUGAAAGCGACAGUUGCAGUGAGCAUGAGACACUCAGCUCAUGCUCCUGGAUCAACACCAGCACGUACUCUGUGGAUCACUUUUAAUCCGUGAGCAUCAACUGAAGUUUUGCUCUGCAUCAUUUCUAAUUUCACAAUUAAAAAAUACAUAUAUACAGCUAGGAGAAAUAUGUAAAUAUAUUUUGAAUGUUCUUGAAAAUUCAGAUUUUUUUCUAUCACAAUAAAAAAAAAUAGUACACAUGUGUGUCUGUGUGUGUGUGCAGUGAGCAUAGCUAUAACCACAAACACGUGCACUACAUGUUACACAGGGUGUGUAUCAGGAUUAUCCUGCCCACCCAGCAAUGCCACCCCAGAGGUGCUGCAGAUGCGGGUGCUCUGUGCCUGGUGACCCCAUGCACGGCUGUGAAGGGAGCUGAGGCCGCACGGGUGCCUCUGCUGGCGGACUCUUUUGAAACAGAUCCAUUUUCGUGUUUUUUGUUGUCGAAGGUACUACGCCAAGCAGACGAUUUAUCAUGCAGCACCCGCUGACAGAGUAAAUGCAGUCAGCUUCUGUGCUGUGGCACUGGCAGCACGUCCAAACUGAAACCUACCUGCAGAAACUUUUCUAUAGGGCGCAGCCAGGAAAUUACACGCGUCUGCAGAUGCUGGGGCACGGAGCAACGAAGGUGGUGGUGCUGUGGGAGAGAAGCCAGAGGAGACCCCUGCAGGGGCGGCUGGUGCCCUGGUGGGGUGCUGGGGCCCUGGUGUCCCUGUGGGCAGCAUCGACAUGGGGGGGAGGGUGCUGCUGGCCCUGCUGGGGUCCUUCUGCCCCCAGCAGUUGUGGGGCUGGAACCAUGCAAUAGGAGAAGUUAAUGGAAGCGUGCAGCAUCUCGCAGCAUGUCCUGCACCACGGAGAAGCUGGAGAAGCCGGCGGGGCCGAGCCCAGAGCCCCGCUGCUGUGGGUGUGGGAUUCCCCUGGGGAACCAGUGACUUUCCCACAGCUCCCUCAGGCAGAGCCGCUGACCCUGCGCACACCCGCCUCUGGCAAGCUGGCAGGUACCGACCAGCAUCCCCCUUCCUGCAGCUCGCCCGUCCCCAGCUGGGCUCCCCGUGAGCUGGUGGCUGCGUGGUGCCUGCAGAGCCGCGUGGUGCUCUGCUCCGCUCCACAGCCCCAGCCCUCGCAGCCCCACGGUGUCCCCCCGCUGCGCUCCUGCAGACCGUGACCAGCACUGAUGAAAGUUUAAUCACGGCGUGGCAGCGGGAGGUGACGGUGAGCCUGGAGCCACGGCUCUGAUGGACGAGCAGGGAGCUGGGCACCCCGGGCACCCCGGGGCUCAGGCAGCACUGGACGAGAUCUGCAACAAAAUUUCAGAUCUGAACAAAUGGAGGGAAAUCUUUCGUUUCCGUGGGUAAGGUUUUUGUCCCCCUUUGUUAUCACACAUUUUAAAUUCCAGACUUUUUGUAACAUUAUAUUUCGUCACAAGACUUAUGCCAACGCAGGAAGGUUUUCAGGUACUUAGUAACGCGAAUGCAACAGCUUUUCCUCCUCUUCUCUUAUGGAGUUCUUCUCCAGCUGGUCUCCCGUUCCUUAAUGCAUUACCAAUGCCUCUGUUUUAUUUUUUGAUUUAUAUUUUAUUUUGCAGUUUGGAAAUCACUACUACUACUCAUCAGGGACGCCCGGGCUGCGGGACGGACGGAGGGCACGGAGCAGGCGGUGCCGGAGGGACCCCGCAGCCCCGCUGCCCUCCCGCGGUGCCGUGGCCUCCCCCGGCCUCCCCCAGCCGGGGCAGCCAGCCCCUCUCGCUGGGCAUGGCGAUGGCGCUGCGGAAGGUGCUGUUCGGGGAUGCGUCCCACAUCUUCAGCCAUGACUGGGCACAAGCACACUUCAGGUUUCGUGAGCCACACUCCGACCUGGCCUACGCUCUGGAGGCAGACAAGGGAGGAACGAGAGCCAUUCUGAUGGCUGUACAAGGGAACAUCAUUAAGUAUCUGCUCUUCGUAAGAAACACGGAAUAUACUCACCUGGAAAGAUUGUGCAAAAUAAGCCAAAAGGAGCAAGGAGAGGCCCUGGCUGCAGCCCUGGCAGACAGCCUCUGGGCAGCGGGAGAAGGUCGGGAAGCCACCGUCUGCCUUAUCUCAGCAGCCACCCACUUCGUCCCUACCACAGACUACAAAGCAGACAACUUCACUGAACGGAUUCAGCUGUUUAACUUUUGUGAGAAAGCAGCAGCUCAGAAAUUUAUCUUUGACCACAUAAAUUGUUUUAAAAGUGAAGGAAGUAAGGGACUGAUCCUGUUUUUGUACAGUUUACUUUUCUCAAGGACACUGGAAAGGGUCCAAAACGAUUUAGGUGGCACGACACCUCACCUGUUAGAGUCCAGUUGUGGAAACGUCAUCUGCACACAGGCACUGCUCCAGGUCGUCCUGGCGGGCAGCGCGUGCCCCAGCCACCGCUGCGAGGUGGGCUUCCUGCGCUGGAGCCGGGAGGAGGCCGGGCACCACCUGCCCCCGGUUGGAAGCGUGCUGAAAACCCCUAAAUUUCCUAUCUGGCUGUGCAGCAUCAACGGGAUGCACGGCGUCCUCUUCAGCACCAACAGGCUGCUCCUGUCCGACUGGAAGAUGGAGCACGUUUUCCACCUGUACUUCUACAACGGGCAGCGAGGGCAGACGAGAACAGCCCACCUCACAGUAGGUGAGCACUCAGACGAACCCCGGGGGCACAGAGCUGCAGGUGUCACGUACAGGCGUGCGUGGAGCUGUGUUUGCAUAGUGCUGUGUGUAUCUGCUUACAUACACAGCCCAGCGGAGCAGUGCACAUGCACUGAUACAGACAUAUGCAUACAGCGUGUUUGCGUUUCCGUGCCCAAGAGCAAGGUGCUGCUGGGUGCCCUGAAACCUCACAGGCCCUGGGCAGUGCGGGUUGCUCCUCGCAGCUCUGAGGGCACACUCAGGAAGGGCGUUCCGUGCUCCCCAGGCACUGCAGCCACCUCCACUUCCUCCACCCAGCCCUUCGGCUCUCCUUUCACCGUGGCAUUUAAAAACAAGAAACCUGAAAAACAUCACACUAAGGCCAAGUCUGCAGGAAAGAGGGGUGAAGGGAGAUUCCCUGUCACGGUACGCAGCAUGGCCGCAGCGGAGGCUGCGUGCACCUGUGCAGAACUGCGACCUCCAAACAUGCUGCAGGGCAGCGUUUCUCCCCCACCAGACACUCACUCGCACCACUGGGAAGAGGGCCGCCCUGAGGCCACAAGCAGCCCAGGGAAGAGGUCUCCGUCUCUAGAGAUGGCAAUCAGGACCAGGUGGCCAGGCGCGUCUGUCAGCUGGAACGGGACAGACCCCUUCUUCUGAGGCGUGCCGGCGUCUCCCCCUCCUGCCACAGAGCUCUGCGGCCUGCAGGGGAAGGGGCGCUGCCGCCAGCAAAACCACGCGCGGAUGCCAAGCGGAUGCCCUGCCGAGCCGGCAUCACACCAGCUGGCAGCCUGCACCAGUGCCGAGCCAUCGCUGGCGACGACACCUCCCUGCACACGGUUUUUGGGUGGUGGGAUGCAGUCUGCUUCUCACUAACAUUGGCAGAGGAAAGAAAAGAGCACGGCAACAUGAUUUCCUUCCAGGCAGAGAUGUUAAAAAAAAUAAUAAUAAAAAAAAAAAUUGCUGUGAAUGUGCUGAACACAGUGAAAGUGAAAACAAUAUUGAGUGUUGACAAUGCUGUGUGCAUCAAAUUUAUUUAAUCCAGUAGGUAACUAGUUUAUCCAGUUGCAACAGGAAAGGUUUUCUCCCAGCUCUCCCAGCUGUGGCUUCUAUAUCUGGAUCGCUCCCUCCUGCUCUCAGCGACAGGCAGAGCCCCCACCCCUGCAGGGUUUGCGGGGUCCUGGCUCCCUGCGGCAGCCUGGUGGAGGCGGGCAGGGCGCACCGCUGCUCGCACGCACGGACUGCUUUCCACUUCCUUUUUUAGAUGUUGCCCAGAAAAGAUCUGUUAGUCAUACCAAAGUGCGUGUUGCUAAUGACAACUGUACUGAGAACAAUAAACCUUU